UCUCGGCUUGUGCUCACUGGAGUGGCUAAAUCUAGUUUUUUCUUGUAGCGGUGAGAGGAUUCUUGGAUGCCGAAGAACUCGGUGAACCCAGAGUUGGAUGAGGUCAUUGCGCGCCCGGAGAACCGGGCUUGCGCAGACUGUGGGGCCAAGGCGCCGCGCUGGGCCGCCGUAAAUCUGGGGGUUUUGGUCUGCAUCGACUGCAGCGGAACCCACCGAUCUCUGGGAGUUCACGUCUCGGUAGUGAAGAGUGUGACGCUUGACAAGUGGCAACCAAAAUGGAUUGACACAGUCAGCAAAAUCGGCAACCGCAUUGGAAAUGACUACUACCUCUACAGACUUCCUAAGGACGUCCAACAGCCACAAGAGGGCGAUAGCAAAGAUAAGAUCGCCAAUUGGAUCAGGAACAAGUACGAGAGAAAGGAUUGGGCGCCGCGGAACAAGCUCAGCCCGUCCGAAUUGCUGGCUCAGGGCCGCGACCCCGAGUCCUUCUUAAAUGGCCGGGAUGACGAUGAUGACCGUCGGGACGACCGCCGUGGAGGCCGUGAUGAUUAUGAUGAGCGGCGGCAUGAUGACCGGCGUAGCGACCGCCGGCACGACGACCGUCGACACCACGACGACCGUCGACACCACGACGACCGUCGGCACCACGACGACCGGCGGCACCACGACGAGCGGCGGCGCCACGAACGGCGCGCGCCAAGCCCCGAGGCGUCCAAGCAGAAGCCGGCCAGAGCUGGGCACUUUGGGGGCCCCAGCGCCAGUCCGGAUCUCGGUUGA